AUUAAAAAAUUCUGACGUUUCUUCCUAGUUUGUUAGUUCAUAGUUUGUAGACGUAGAGGCCUUUAGGGGGAAAUGGGGUACCUUCGAAUUGGAGUUCCUUUGAAGCAUGGGUUUUUUUAUCCAACUUCUAAUUGAAAUGAGCCUUAUCAUAAUAUAAUUUUUUACUUCAUAAAUGGAUUGUGAACCUAAAUAAUAUAAUUGCAAAGUUUAGUUCCAUUUGAAGAUAGAAUACAAGAGCCCUAUUUCAAAGGUAGCCCAAUUUAACGGUGCCCUACUUCCGCCUAAGAAAUUAGACCAAUUGAACCAUAUCUCUAUAGCUUUAGAUUUAAAGCGUGUAUUAUUGUUAUAUUAUCCAAGAUCAUCUGGUGUGAGAUUCUUAAUGUGGCUGAAAAUUUGGCUUCGGCCUAAUCAAAUUUGUCAAAGUGAUGGUUAUUUAGUGACUGUUGGAGAUAAGUCUACUACUUAAAUUUCCAACACUUUAUACUGAGCUUUUGCUUGUGUUCAAUUCAUUUGUAUACAUUUCAAAAAUUAUUUUGAAGGUCAGACGAAGUGGUCAUGAUAACGAAAAUUUUGAUUACAAGUACCUCAGUAUCAAGUCAACUGUGGAAUGGUUAAGAUGUGGUCAAAUGCGAAAGUUAUUUUGCGCAAUGGCAAUUGCAGAGUGUCUCAGUUAAGUGGAAUUCUUAAAGUGCACACGUCAUCAAAUGAAAAUCAGCAUGUAGCAACUCUGGAAGUGGAUACUGUUAAUGUAAAGCCAUACAACGAAAUUCCUGGACCAAGUGCUUUUGAAUUGGUCAAAAGUUCUUCUCUGCCAGGAGGAAAAUAUUAUAAGAAGGAUUUUGUUGAUUUUCUCUCAGCGUUUAGACAAGAGUAUGGAGAUAUUAGUAAAAUUCCUGGAGUUUUUGGGAAAAAUGAUAUAAUUCUUGUGUACGAUCCUGAAGACUUUAAGACCGUCUUUCAGACUCAAGGGCAGUAUCCCAUUAGAAGGGGGAUUGAAACAAUUCAUCACUAUCGGACAAAGGUCCGGAAGGACUUUUAUCAAGGUGUGAUUGGCUUUGCAGAUCAGGGAAAAUCUUGGUGGGACUUUAGACAAAAAGUUAACGCUGUCAUGAUGAAACCGCAAAUAACACGGAAAUACGUUCCAUCUGUUGACGAAGUCACUCAAGAUUUUGUUAAGAGAUUGCAUUCUCUGAGAGAUAAAAACAUGGAAACUCCAUCGGAUUUGUAUGUAGAAUUAAAUAUGUGGGCUCUCGAAUCAAUUGCCCAAAUUACACUGGACACUAGACUUGGAAUCUUUGAUAAUUCAACAAACAAAAAUAUGCAUAGUCUUAUGAAUGACCUUAAAGUCUUCUUUGACCUAACAUACCGGCUGAAUUUUCAACUAUCCUUUUGGAAAUAUUUUCCUACCGCUUCUUAUCGCAAACUCACACAGAGCACAGAUAAUAUGUAUAAAGUUAUUCAACAUUAUGUAAAUAUUGGGAUUCAAAAAAUCAAGGAUGAUCCCGAUAAUGAGGAAAAUGAGGGAGUUCUUAAGAAACUCUUGGAAAUUGAUCCAAAAGUUGCAACAGUCAUGGCGAUGGACGCAUUAUUUGCUGGAGUUGAUUCAACGUCAACAGCAACAUUCUCCGUUUUAUAUGUUUUGGCUAAGAACCCUGAGAAGCAGGAUAAAUUGAGACAAGAGUUGAUGAAGAUUCUACCAGAGAAGACGUCUCCACUUACUGUAGAGAAUAUGAGUAAUAUGCCCUAUCUCAGGGCUUGCAUCAAAGAAGCUUUGAGGUUGUAUCCAGUGACCUUUGGGAACUUCCGCUCAACAGGACAGGAUCUUGUUCUCAAGGGAUAUCACAUCCCUAAAAAUACUAGAAUCCUGAUGGGUAAUCAAAUAACUCAAAUGGAGGAUAAAUAUUUUGAUAAACCGUAUGAAUUUAAACCAGAGCGAUGGAUUCGACCACCAAACAGCAAGAUGACUUGUCCAGUGAAUGCAACUUCUCAUCCCUUCUCCUACCUUCCUUUUGGCUUCGGUAUACGUAUGUGCGUUGGUCGUAGAUUUGCAGAGAUGGAAAUUGAGUCCCUGGUGAGUCGAUUGGUGAGAACCUAUAAUAUUGAUUGGAGGUAUCCUGAUCCGAAAAUUAAAAGUUUAACAAUUAAUAUGCCAGUUAGCGAUCUGAAAUUACGCUUAACAGAACUUGAAGAAUAAUUAAUAUUGGGAAGAUGGAGGAUAUAAAACCCAAUUAAUGUGCCAUUUACUUUACUGUAACGAGUUUUGAAGGUGUUUUGUGACAAAUUUGUAUCUUAACUACAAGGUUGUAAAAAUGA